GAUAGGCUGUUGAGGAGCAACAAAACAACAAACAGCUACUACUACAAACCACAUCAGCGGAGUUCACGAUACACGCCAGAGGAGUACCAACAAAAUAAUUGAGACAACGCCAUCGUAUUAGCCUCGGAGUGAAAUAACAGCCAUGUAUCUGAACAGGGAAGAGGACAAUAGCAAAGGCUCAGUGUCCCUCAGUGUGUUCCUGGUCUCCCUCGCAGUGACAGUGUGUGCUGUUUGGCUGGUGGCUCUUUGUGGCGUCUGUGGUUGGUGUCAACGCAAGCUGGGGAAGAGGAAUAAGCCAGGAGUGGAAACAGCAGACACUCCAGACUCGGCACGUGGGCGAGGGGAGAAGAAAGCCAUCAAGGGCAACAAGCCAGCUAACAGCCCCAAGGGUCAACCCCCUGAUGCUGACGGUCACUCCUCCGUCACUGACCUGGCCAACUCUCUCACCGGAGACAUGGUGAUGCUGUCUCCAGGGUCGGAGGAUGAUGACGGUGAAGGGCCUAUCAGUGAGAAACUAGGCCGGAUCCAGUUCAGCAUAGGCUACAGCUUCCAGAACACCACUCUCACCGUCAAAGUUCUCAGGGGCCAGGAACUCCCGGCCAAGGACUUCUCCGGCACCUCCGACCCCUUCGUCAAGAUCUACCUGCUGCCUGACAAGAAGCACAAGCUGGAAACCAAGGUCAAGAGAAAGAACCUCAACCCCCAUUGGAACGAAACUUUCCUGUUUGAAGGCUUCCCUUAUGAGAAGGUGAGAGAGCGCACUCUUUACCUUCAGGUGUUGGACUACGACCGCUUCAGCAGGAAUGACCCCAUUGGAGAAGUGUCAAUCCCCCUUAACAAGGUGGAACUGGGCCAGAUAAAGACCUUCUGGAAGGAGCUCAAGCCCUGCAGUGAUGGCAGUGGGAGACGGGGAGACCUGCUGGUGUCACUCUGCUAUAAUCCCACUGCCAACACCAUCACUGUGAACAUCAUCAAAGCGCGCAAUCUCAAAGCCAUGGAUAUCGGGGGCACCUCAGAUCCAUAUGUGAAGGUGUGGCUGAUGCACAAGGACAAGCGUGUAGAGAAGAAGAAGACGGUGACGAUGAAGCGCUGUCUGAACCCUGUCUUCAAUGAGUCCUUCCCCUUCGACGUCCCCGCCCAUGUGCUGAGGGAGACCACCAUCAUCAUCACCGUCAUGGACAAGGACAGGCUCAGCCGCAAUGACGUUAUCGGCAAGAUCUAUCUAUCGUGGAAGAGUGGACCAGCGGAGGUGAAGCACUGGAAAGACAUGCUCGCUCGGCCGCGUACUAACGUCGCCCAGUGGCACGCUCUUAAGGCCUGAUCGCACCGCCCAGCUCCCUCCAUGGCCCCUUCCCGUCUCCUACCCCGCUCCCACUCCUCUCUCCCGUCCCCUCCUCCCACUCCCGUCCUUAUGCACAAGACUGACUUGCUGCCAGGCUGCGAAACACGGGUACAAUUAGCCAUCUGCUCUAUUAAACCUUUAAACUCCUUUCUUUCAAAAUCUCUACUCCUCUCCGACUCUUCUCUCUUCUUCUCUUCCCAACUCUCAUACAGCCGUGUCUUAAUUUCUAUGUCUCACCACUUUGCCAAUGGUCCCCCUGUUUCUGACUGUCUGUAUGUCUGUCUGUCCUUAUGCACUUUGCCUGUGGAGGUCUGAUGUUCAGUUUCUUUGUCGACCCCUUGGUUCUGAACUGCACUGCAGCCCCUGACCCAUUUAAGGUGCCAGUCCCGUGGGAUCACAGAGAACCUUAAAUAACGAUCUAAUCUCAUAUAAUCCUAUUGUAUGACUAUUCCAGGUACACAAUGCUAUACAGUAUGUACUGUAUGUACAUAUACAUAUUAAUAUAUUAGGCGUAUAGAUUGGCAGAACUCCCCCUAUACACAUGACUAGUAUACAGUAUGUUAUCCAUAGCCUGUCUGCUGUUUCCCUUCUCUCCUCUCUUCAUUUGUCACCUCGUCUUUGUCAUCUAUCUUAAGUGUACAAUAUCCUGUCCCCCAUCUCAGUCCUCCCUACUUUAACUCAAAAGUGGUUUAAUGUUCAGCUGAAGUUGUCGAAAGCAAUCAAUACUCCGUUUGUGAUGAAACCAGCUGAACUCAAGAUGGAAUUGUUGAUACUGCUGUCUCCCUCUCUCCUUCCUCUUCUCUAUGUUCUUCUUUUUUUCCUCCUUAUUGUUCCCUCUUUCUCUUCCUCUGGCACAAUAUUAGUGAAUCCCUCCUUUCUGGACCCCCACCCCCCUUGUCGUCUGUGUGCUGUGGGUGCUGUGCUGUAGCUCCAACAAAAAUAGAGAUUAAAAAAAAGAUAAAUAAAUAAACUGAACUUUCCGAUGUUGGGAAAGCGGGAACACAAUAAACUCAUGAAAUGGAUCGCUCCUGAUUUUUCCAGACAAAAAAGCCCUGACAUGGA